AUGCCAGUAAACGUAACAGCAACUCAACCCAGAGUUGAUUACAUCACUGAAAAUGGUCUGACACCACUCCAUCUUUGCGCCCAAGAAGAUAGAGUUCCGGUCGCUCAGUUGCUGCUUCGAGCUGGAGCCCUAAAAGAUUCUAGAACGAAAUCUGGUUAUACACCUCUUCACAUCGCUUGUCAUCAGGGACACGUCAAUAUGGUCCGAUUGUUAAUUGAACAAGGAGCUGAAGUGAACCCUGUUACUCAAUCGGGGUACACGCCUCUUCAUCAAGCGGCCCAACAGGGACACGUACUCGUUAUUAAUUUGUUAUUGAAGAAUAAAGCAAAUCCCAAUGUUGUUACAUACAAUGGACAAACGGCUCUUGGAAUCGCAAAUAAACUUGGAUAUAUUAGUGUUGUUGAAGAAUUAAAGGUGGUUACUGAAUUGGAUAUCAUCACCACAACCACCAUUAACAUCGAGGAGAAAUACAAAGUGGUUGCCCCCGAAGGUAUGCAGGAAACGUUUAUGUCGGAUUCAGAAGACGAAGGAGGUAAGUAAAGUAUAAAUAAAAUCAUA